AUGGAUUUCGCAUCUCUAAUGUCCAAGGAGAUAUCCAAAAAGACCGAAUCCUCCGCCGAUACCUCUAAAAAAUAUAUGAAACGUUCCGAAAUCGAAGCAGAACGACAAGCCAAAUAUCUCGCAGAGCAACGCGCCAUUGAAACCGAGCGCGAAGCCAAAUUAGUACAAAAGCGCAAACGCGAGGAGGAAGAGGAAGAAGCCAAUAAAGCGCGCGAAGAAAAAAGAAGGCGAUUAGCUGAGGAAUCGAGAAAACAGAGGGAGGAAAGAGAGGCGGAGGAAGAAAGGAAGAGGAGGAAGAGAUUGGGAUUACCGGAGUUGGUUAAGCAGGAUGUGGAGGAGGUGGAGGAGGAUGAUAUCCCGGAUGAAGAGUUGAUUCCCAAAUUACGUGAGAUGGGACAUCCGGCGAAAUUGUUUGCGGAGAAUCAUAAGCAGAGGUUGAGGAGGUAUAGGAAAUUGGGGGUGGUUAUGACGACGGGGCCGAUUCCUACGACGUUGGUACUGGUCGAGGAGAAGGAUAUGAAGGUGGAGACUGUGCCGAAGGAUGAGGAGGGGAGGAAAUACUUGUUUAGACAGUUGGCGAGUUAUUUUACUAUGGUUUUGACGGAAUGGGAACAAGCUUUGGAAAAGGAGAAGAGAGAUACUUUUGCUAGUAAAGCGGCUUAUAAUGCCAUGGUGCAGAGUAAGGAAAAUAUGACUCCUCUAUUCCGCAAAUUUGAAAAAGGCGAUCUAGACGAAGGAAUUCUAGAACCCAUUGUAGAAAUCGUCAAAGCUGCGCAGGAAAAACGUUACGUCGAUGCAAAUGAUGGAUAUCUACGACUCAGUAUUGGAAAAGCUGCAUGGCCAAUUGGUGUUACGAUGGUGGGUAUUCACGAGCGUAGUGCGCGCGAGAAAUUGCACGAGACGGAUAAGGGUCAUGUAAUGGGUGAUGAAAUUACGAGGAAAUUUUUGCAAAGUAUUAAGAGAUGUCUUAGUUUUGCUCAGGUGAGAUGGCCACCGGAGGAUAUUAGACAAUUGAUGGGUUAG